AUGACUUGGCUUGCUGAAGGUGAUAGGAAUACAAGCUUCUUCCACAAUCAUGUCAAUGACAAAAGAAAGAAAUUACAAUUGAAUGGGAUCAAAACUGGCAAUGGGGUGUGGAUUGAUGAUCAAGAGCAAUUGUCUACAACUGCAGUGGACUUCUAUCAAAGACAGUUCACAAAUGAAGGUGAUGCCUCUGACUUUUCUUUGCUCAAUAAUGUACCUUCCAUGGUCACUAUGGAUCAGAACUUGGAACUUAGCAGAAUGCCAACAAAUGAAGAAGUUAGGGCAGCAGUUUUUGAGCUUGCUGGGGAGAGUGCUAGUGGUCCCAAUGGAUUCACUGGCCUAUUUUAUCAAACAUGCUGGGAUGUUAUUGGUGCUGACAUACACAAUAUGGUGCUACACUUCUAUGGAGGAGCUUCAUUGCCUAAAUCCAUCACUCACACCAAUCUAGUGUUGCUGCCAAAGAAACCUAGAUUUGAGACCUUUUCUGAUUUAAGACCUAUUAGUUUGAGAAAUUUCAUUAACAAGGUCUUGUCUAGGGUGUUACAUGAUAGAUUGGAGAGAUUUCUGCCAUCUCUAAUAUCUCCAAACCAAUCCGGAUCUUCCUCAGGGUUCUUCAAGUCUACAAGGGGUGUGAGGCAAGGGGAUCCUCUAUCUCCAGCUUUGUUCAUUCUAUUAGCUGAGGUACUUUCUAGGUCUUUGAAUAAGCUCUUUGAAGACAAGUCAUUUGUGGGAUUUGGAAUGCCUAAGUGGUCUGAUCCUUUAAACCACUUGGCAUAUGCUGAUGAUACCAUAAUCUUUGCAUCUGCUCAUCCUUCCUCUUUGAGCAAGAUUAUGUCAGUGUUGGGAAACUAUGAGAGGAUAUCAGGCCAGAUGAUCAACAAAGAUAAGAGUUCAUACUACAUGCAUUCAAAUGUUGCUAAUGGAUUGUUUCAGGCAGUUGGAGCUAUCAUUGGAUUUGCAAGAGAAGGAGGAAAUGAGUAUUAUGAGGAUCUUAUCAAGAAGGUGAAGGAUAAAUUGCAUUCAUGGAAAGGGAAGCUACUGUCAUUUGGAGGAAAAGCAACGCUCAUCACUAGUGUGUUGCAAAUUAUGCCAAUUCAUAUGUUAUCAGUCCUUGAUCCACCAAACAACAUCCCGGAGCAUCUACAUAAGAUCUUUGCUAGGUUCUUUUGGAGCACAAAGGAAGAAGGGAGGAGCAGACAUUGGGCUUCUUGGCAAAAUCUUUGUCUUCCUAAAGAAGAUGGGGGUCUAGGUUUUAGGUCCUUACAUGAUGUCUCAAGGGCACUGUUUGCUAAGCUAUGGUGGAGGAAAAAAUUGGGUAUCAACACUAGGGAAGAAGUGGAACAUGAGAUCUUAUGGGAAUUGAAGAGUGGAACAACUAAUAUAUGGCAUGAAAACUUGACUGGAUUGGGAGCACUAUAUCAUGUACUGCCUGAAGACUUUCCAAUCAAUGAAGAUCUUCAGGAAGUGGCAGAAUUGAGGCAAGGGAAAGCAUGCGAUGAUCAGUUGCUAGAUCAAACUUUCAAUGAAGAAAUUGCUAAACAUACUAGGUACAAUGUGCACUAUGAAGGCAGUGAGGAAUACUGGGAUAUGCCAUACUAG